CAAUGAGUCCAAUGAGCAGCCGUGCUCAGGAUUGGCAGACACGCCCCUUGACGGUUGCACCGCCUUAUAUGACUGUGUAUUUUCCUCCUCACUGACUGACUGAGGCUGAGGAGGUGUGUAAACGUCAUGCGGUGUUGUUUUCUCUUGUUUAUAGUUCAGUCAUUCUGAAAGCGCUGUUAUUUUGGAUUGAACCGGCGCCUGGGACCUUAUUUAAGACAUUAGGCAGGGGAACUCUUGUUUCGGUGUUAUUUUAAACAUAUAUAAUUUGUGUUUCUGGAGGAAAACAAGUUGCAGAAAACAAGUUGAGUCGGAGUAUUUUGUUUGUUUGUUUGUUUGUUUGUUUGUAAAAUCACCAGGAUGGCGAGUCCACCACUAACAGGAGGGACUGGCUCGUUAUCAUCCUCAUCCUCAUCCUCAUCAUCCUCAAAUGUCAACAUGUAUUCAAACAACAUCAAGAAAAGUGGCUACCUUAAAAAACAGAAGCAUGGACACCGGAGAUUUUUUGUUUUGAAAGAGCAAAGCGACUGCCUGCCAGCCCGGUUGGAGUAUUAUGAGAGCGAGAAGAAAUGGAAAAACAAGUCAAGUGCGAAAAGAGUCAUCUCUCUUGACUCCUGUUUGAGCAUAAACAAACGCGCAGACGCCAAACACAGGUACCUAAUAGCGCUGUAUACCAAGGAUGAAUAUUUUGCAGUAGCUGCUGAAAACGAAAACGAGCAGGAGAGCUGGUACAGGGACCUCACUGAUUUAAUGAGUGAGGGAAAAGUGUAUGACAGCACAGUGACCAACUCUGCAUCCUCUUUAGUGGGCUUUGACGAGGGUAAUUAUGGUAUGAUUACUCCAGUGAACGUGGCGUACAAAGAAGUCUGGCAAGUGAAUGUGAAAUCUAAAGGACUUGGGCAGACCAGAAACAUCAUCGGGGUUUACAGGUUGUGUUUAUCAAGUCGCUCAAUUAGCUUCGUGAAACUUAACACUGAAGUUCCGUCUAUCAGCCUGCAGCUCAUGAACAUAAGAAGAUGUGGUCAUUCGGACAGCUUUUUCUUCAUCGAGGUUGGCAGAUCUGCCUCGACAGGACCUGGGGAGCUUUGGAUGCAGGCGGAUGACUCUGUAGUGGCACAAAACAUACACGAAACCAUUUUAGAGGCUAUGAAAGCAAUGAAGGAGUCAUCAGAGUUCAGACCACGGAGCAAAAGCCAGUCUUCUGGAUCCAACCCCAUAUCUGUACCCACCCGACGGAACUUGAACAAUUUGCCUCCCAGUCAGACAGGGUUGGUAAGGAGGUCAAGGACAGACAAUGUGGCAGCCACGUCACCCGUCAACAAGUUUACUUCCUGCCGGAUACGCACAGCCAGUGAGGGUGAGGGCUCCAUGGUGAGGCCAGUGUCCAUAUCGGUAUCUGAAAACGGAAGUCCAACUGUCCGGAACCACAUUAAUAGGUCCAACACUGUUUCUGUGGGAUGCCAUACAUUUGAAGCAUCUUUUCUACAUCACAACCGAUCCUUGUCUAUGUCUGUGCCUGUAUCUCAUUCACCUCCAUCUCCCAUAAGUGCACUGAGCCUAACUUCUACUAGUAUGAAUGGCUCUACCUCUGCCUCAGCAGUACACAAGCCUUCAAGUUGCAGUGGCUCCGUCUCAGGGUCACCUAGUGACACUGGCUUCCUCUCAUGUGACGAAUAUGGGUCCAGCCCAGGAGAUGCAAAAUACAGUGCAUCUAACCGGAGCAAUACACCUUCGUCCUUUUCUGGGACACCCCCUUCCCGUGAAAGCACAGAUCUCCAUGGCUAUAUGAUGAUGGAGAGUCCAUCAAGCCACUCCUUGAAUAAGAUCCAGGCAUCCAGCAGAGAGAAGUUGGAUGUAGAGAAGUUAUACAGGAAGAGGACGUACUCCCUGACAGCACCACAACAACCUAAGACCCCCUCUCAGCAGUCAUCAGCCUCACUUGAUGAAUAUAUGUUAAUGUGGGCGGUGUACGCUAAUGGCCACUCUGGGCAGAGCACACACUCUGUUUCUCAAAAGGUAUCAUACCCUGAGGAUUAUGGGGACCUUGAAAUUGGCUCCAGCAGGAGUUCUAUCAGUAACCAAGGCGAUGAUGGCUACAUGCCCAUGACACCAGGUGCAGCACUACAAGGGAGCAAAAAUGACAACUAUGUGCCCAUGAGCCCCAUGUGUGUCUCGGCCCCCAAGCAGAUCAUCAAUCCCAGGUCCCAUCCUCAGGCCACAGGAAGGCAAGGCACAACCAAUUCUCCCAGUGUUGGUUCACUAGAGGACAGUGGUUAUAUGAAGAUGUGGUCUGGCUCCAAAUCUUCACUGGAGAGCACUGAUGUCAGAGUGGCAAAUGGGGAAUAUAUGAACAUGUCGCCUGUUGAUCCGUGUGUCUCAGCAACACCACCAGAUUAUUUCCUUGCAGGGUGUGCGCCAGGACAGCGGCCCCCUUUCUUAUUAAAUUCCAACAAACAUGACAGUCCUAAAAGAGAAGAAGACCAGUAUGUUUUAAUGUGCCCUCAGGGGAAUAAACGAGGAGAGGAAACAAAGUGCAAUGCUAUGCCUAUGGCAAAUCCAGGGCGAACAUUGCCCAGUCCUUCCACCCUUCUCCCACUCAGACAUAGUCGGAAUGAUGGAUUGUUGCACAGAGCACGGGCCAGCAGACAGAACAGAUUAUCUCUGGAUACUCUAAGGAUGCUUCCAAGCAUGAAUGAACAUCCCCUCCCCAGCGAGCCAAAAAGCCCAGGGGAGUAUAUCAACAUUGACUUUAGUGACACUGCACAGUACUCCAUGCCCUCUGGAUCAGUGGAGAGCCAGGCUUCAUCACCUAGCCUUGGCAGCAUAAGAAGAAGAUCUCCACUUUGUGACUACAUGAACCUUGACUUGAACUCGCAUUCUCCAAAAUCAGAAGAAACCCUGAUUGCUAGUUCUUUACAUGAAAUCCCAGAGCUUACCAACUGUCCAUGCUCUUCUGAUGAGGGAACACAUGUCUCUGAUGAGCAGAACUCCUCCUGUUCACUUGACACCAGGAAAGAUGACUAUGCUGAGAUGAAGUUUGAUGAUGCACGUAUGUCCCCCUCAAUCAUCACAGAGAAUGAUGAAACCGAGAUGGCUAGCCCCACUAACAGGGUACAGCGGCUUACUCUGAGUGACAAGAGUAUGCCAGGAAUAGGAGCAUUCCUCUUGUCCAACUCCACAGUUGACCCUGAUGGAGAGGCAAAGGUGAUCCGAGCUGACCCACGCGGUCGGAGACGGCACAGCUCCGAGACCUUCUCGUCCACCACCACCGUAACGCCGGUGUUUCCCUCUUUUGCCCACAAGUCCAAGCGGCAUAGUUCUGCCUCGGUUGAGAAUGUCUCGGUCCGGAGCAGUGAGGGUUCUGAUGAGGAAUACGGCAGCCCCAUGUGCAAAGAGACUUCUGCUGGGUUCCAGGAUGGUCUGAAUUAUAUCGCCUUAAAUCUCAUGGAAAAUAGAGAGUUUGGGAAGUGCGAGAAUAUGAUGGGAUUCAAGACGAUCAGUUGCUGCAAAGGAGAUAUAAACGGUCUACACGACAGCCCGUAUGUUUCCCUGGGAUUCAAGGAGACAGUGGCCACUGUAAAAGAUUGAUCGGCGCAUGGAUCAGGGUGGCGAUGGUAGUAGUGUAUGUCCGAGACCAGAGACUGUUUGCUGCUGUAGAUGAACUUUGACCUUCGACCCUCACUCUGCGUUCCUGACAGACUAAAUGUUGAUCCUAUCCAGGCUGGACGCUUUAAACGUGGCCAACUCUGCAAGCAUGGAAACCACGAUCCGCUCUGUCCUUCAGGAACUGCAAAUUGCUGCUCUGUAGGUGACAACGGUCACAAAUUUGUGUUGUGUAUAUUGUAUAGUUUAUUUUUUUGUUGUUGUUGUUAACACUUUAAUCAUAUUUGGUUGGCACCAGAGGAAUGAAUAGAAUACAGCUACACCUUAUCCCCCCCAAACAAACAAACAAAAACACAAAACAACAACAACCCCCCCCCACACACACAUCCAUUCUUAUAUUUACUUACCAUACACACAAACCUCUGCGAAAAUACAUAUUUAAUGAUUUAUUUAUUUCUAGUACAAUGGCUAACAUGACAUUUACUGAUUCGCAACAACAACCCAGGAGACCGCUACAUGUCCUACCUCAGGAAGAGAAUCUGUUGUGGUUGUACAAAAUUCAGACAUAAUACCGAUUUAUGUUUUUAUUAUUAUUUUUUUUCUUUACAUUACCAAUCCAAAGCCUUACUGUUUCACUGAUAUAGAAUUUGCUGGAAUAUACUAAUUAGGACUUGUGUAAUAAGACAGAUCUAAAAAUGUAAAUUAUAUCUAACGUUUUCUUUUUUUUUUUAAUAGAUGCUUAUUUAAUCUCAAAUGAGUUUCUAUAUGAAAGAGGCCACUUAUAAUUUAUUUAGGAAAUAUGUCUGAAAUAUGCAAGUUGAACCACUAAACCAUGUGGUUGUUGCACAUGAUGUUUGCCUACCUUAACAAAGAUUAAUACAGGAAUAAGUAUUAUUUUUAUUACCAAUUACACACACACACAAUGCAUAAAUCAUGAUAUAUAAAUGUAUAGCUUCGUAAAGCGAUGCAUCUGUGCCCUAUUAUAAUGUCUCCCUUUUUGGACACCGCACGGCAACUGCCACACUGUAUACCUCCACUUUGUUUCUCCUGUCACUAGUGAUGAUGAUGGCGGUGAACAUGGUUAUGCUUAAUUUAAUGACAAGACUAAGCGGCAAAGUACAUGGUGUGUUUAACUGGUAGAAAUGCAGGUCCUUCACAGUGGGUUGCUAGCUGACACUUUGAUGGCAAGCAGCACCAGAUUGUAAUACAUGACACUUUUGAAUGUAGUGCAUGUAACUCGUUUAAAACGUCUGAGAUGGAGGAGUAAACCAAAAUAAUUUUAGUUUUCCUUGUUUCUUUACCCCCAUAUAAUGGUGCAAAUUGUGCACAAAGCUAUGAUUAGACAAACAUUUUGCUGAGGGGAAACUUACAAGAUCUCGUCUGUCUGAAAAUAAUUAAGAAGUAAUAGUGAAACACAAAAUAUUUAAUGCCUAACAAUUUGCACAGAUGAAGUGCUUAUUUUUCAGCUAAUAUAUACCAUACUAUAGAUUUUUUUUUUAACUAUAGGACUUCAUAAAGAGAGACACAAAAGGCACUUUAAUUAAGUAAUUCUCUUAAAAAAAAAAAAAACUAUUUGAUUCUAUUGCAAAUCCUUUUUUUCUUUCCUGGUACUAUUUGUUCACCCUCUUUAUAUGCAAUAUUUACACACGAAAAAGCAAACUUAGUUUACAAAGAAGAACCAAAUGUGUAAAGACUCUGUUAAUGUAUUUGUUGAAAGAUUUUACACAGAGAUUGACUAUAUGCUGUUUGUACGUUUUUCUUUCUGCCAACUUUAUUGAAUUUAAAUUUAACAGUAUUCCUGGAGUAUAAUAUAGUCAAAUAUUGAUUGAACUUGCUGUGUCUUCCAUUGUCCAAAUGUCAUAUCCUAUUUGUUGUGAUGUUCUAAUGCUAAUAUUAAAUAAUCAUUUAA